AUCAUAUCUUUGAUCGGGAUUGUCUCAAACUUGCGAAAUUGCACUCGGACGCCGACGAGUAUCCCAAAACGGACAAGUUGAGACUCUCCGUCCUAUUCGUCAUCUGUCGAUUGUUACAACCCGCAGCGGGUGGCGGUCGAAACCAUUCCCAAACCAAAGUCACGCUCCAAAACAGACUGGCAUGCACCCGAGCUGCAUGCGAACAUGGGCUAGUAUGGAAUUAGAAAAGGGCGGCGCCCAGCUUAUGACCAGGCAGAUGAGUACUAUCCCAGCCAGCGAGCCAUGGGAAACUUUUCCGAGCCAUCGAUUUGGGCGAAAUCCAGGCAGACUCGUUAUCUCCGGCAGACUCGGUAUCUCCGGCGGAACGGCGUCGGCUGCGAGCAGGGGCUCGACCUCGUCGCGACAUACAAGUCUUGACCAGUGCCCUCGAGCAAACCGGAUAGAAGAUCCUAUCCUGCACGCCCUUAGACCGAUCGUCAAGCGACACACUCGCGUCGGAACAGAUAAAGGCCAUCGGAUUUUUCGUGACAUCGCACAGAUCUUCAGCCGUUACACCUCGGAGCUGCAAUCCAUCUGUGUCCUCGCACACGGUAUCGCACGGGCGAGCUGCCCUCCUCUCCGAGGAGAAGGCGGUUGUGGGCACAAUCAUUGCCAAGACUUCUCAGCCACGGAAGAGAUCUAACCUGAUCUCCACUCCGCGAGAAAGGACGGACAUGCUUGUCCAGGGCGUCAAGGAAGAGCAGCUGGAGGAUGACGCCGUGGGAUGGGCCGAGGUGUUGCGCCGUGGCUGGCUAUCUCUCGAGCUGGCUGUCACUGAGCGGAAUGCAUUUGGCGCACAAAGUUUCAUAUGGAUUGCACUGGCAGUCAUUUUGAAACAGUGAAGGAGCUGGAAGAUGAGGCCAGGAUUACUGAACGAAUGACCGCCGGAACUCGUCACGCAAUGUGAUCCUAGUCCUCGUUCCUGAGCAAUCCUUCUAGCCAGCGCGUAUACUGUACACGAUAGAACACAAAACAACAAUACAUUAU